UGUCUGAGUAAAAAUGUCGAACCUUGGGUUUGCUAAUCUUCCUGCUCAGAUUCAUAGAAAGUCUGUAAAAAAAGGAUUUGAGUUUUCUUUAAUGAUUAUGGGCGAGGCCGGGUUAGGUAAGACAACUUUUGUAAACUCACUUUUUCAACAAAACUUUGGAGAGGAUAAAGAAUAUAAGACGGCUGAGCAAAGGAUGGAACCCAAUUCAUCUAUUCGCGUAGUCGAGCGAGAACUUCUGGAUCAACAAGUAAAGCUGAAACUUACGAUAUUAGAUAUUGUGGGAUUUGCAGAUGCUGUGGACAACACGAACACUUGGUCACCGGCUUAUGAAUAUAUUGUAAGAAAACUAGACGAGUAUCUCGAGCAAGAAGGGAAGGUAAAGCGAUCGAAAAUCGUAGACAAUCGCGUUGAUGCUCUUUGCUACUUCAUAUCUCCAAACUCCAACGGCUUGCGUCCUUUAGACGUUACAGCUCUCAAAAAGCUCCACAAUCUAGUUAAUAUUAUACCGCUUAUUGCCAAGGCGGAUACCUUAACGAAAUCCGAAAUAGGCGCUCUGAAGCACAAAGUGAUGGAGGACAUUUUUAAGCACAACAUAAAGAUUUACUCAAUGCCUUUUGACAGCGAUGAUGAUGACGUAAGCACCACUUCCGCUAAUGUACCGAUGCCGUACGCUGUCGUCAGUAGUAAUUCAAAGAUCCGCGUGGGCGGGAAAGAGGUUUACGGUCGGCAAUACACGUGGGGAGCCGUGGAAAUUGAAAAUGACGAACACUGCGAUUUUAAUACUGUGCGCAACAUUUUGGUCCGCCACGGAUUGCACGAUCUCAAGGAACGCACCAACGAUUUAUACGAGGAUUACCGAGCUUUUAAGCUAAAUACAGCAGAAUAGCCAAUUAAAAUAAUGAUGGUUUUAUAAAA